AUGGCACUCUCUGCUCUCAAAGAGCUGGACGCCGGCGAGGAUCUCUUCCUCCAAGACAGUCCUGGCCCGACGGUUGCUGAACACGCAACGAAGUGCAGUCGUCUCUUUGCGGAUUACAUGGCCAGGCCGGAAAUUGCGCGAGAUCCGACUUUGAUAGAUGAUCAGAUGGCACGCUUCAAGCUAUGGGCUUCGAAUAUGGAUGUAUUUGGACCUUCCAAUGUCUCGUUGGAUUACAGGCUCAGAUACAGUCCAACAGUCGUGCGGAUCAUCCAUCAACUAUUGGACGUCAUCUGCAGUUCUCUAGAAUCUCUCAAGCCAGUCGACAAUGCAUCACGGCCUCCAAGCAGGAAGCUUCGACGUAUUUCCACAGCAGGAAGAGCGGACAGAAGACCUGACGAGGAGUCUAGCGAUUCAGACGAUGGUGAGGAUCAAGCACAAAGAAAUGAUCAUCUAAUCACAUUUACUAUUGGAGGCACAGUGACUAGGCUUUUGCGUUUGUCGAAUGCCGUUCGCAAAUCUGCUCAGGCUUCGAGGAGGUAUAAGAUAGAGGAGUACACAGCAGACGAAGAAGCGACCAAGGCCAUCGCCGAAUUGCGUCUCUACACGGAUUGCUACAUUCGCUUCCGAUUUCCUAAUAUACCAGGACCUCUCUGCUCGACAUUGGUUGAGGCCAACGCAUUACGGCUCCGGCGGUUGUAUUACCAGAGGUCACACCGAAGGCGCAUUGCUUUGAGUGUUCAGCGUCCACAGGUAGACCCCAAAAAGAUCAUUACGCUACCCAAGAUGGCGGAAAGCCGUCCGGCCGUACAUUUCGCCCCAACUUUCCAAGCAAAGCUAGGCGCCAUUGGCGACAGGACGACGAACGCAACCAGUGUUCCUGCAGCGCCCUUGACAUACGCCACUACUGCUCGACAGACGACUGCCCGAGCUUUGUACGCUGACUCUGCGGUGGGCACUGCUCGGGCCAAGUCCGUGAUGGUAAACAAUAAGUUAUUCUUUCCUCCAAUACCACCGACAGACGAGUGCCCUUACUGUGGCGUCAUCAUCGAGUUCAAGGGUGGCACAAAAGCCAUAAUUUGGAACGACCAUGUCGUCAGAGACUUGGAGCCCUUUGUUUGUAUAUUUGCCAGCUGUACUCAGUCGAGCCAACAAGCACCCAGCUCAACGACAUUUGAAACAUCGAAAACCUGGAUGAAUCAUAUGCAAAACGCGCAUGGGUAUGCAUGGGAGUGCAGAGCUCCUUCGCACGGCGCAGUCCUGUUCGAAGAAGAGAGCGGCUUCCAGGAACACUCUCGUAAGGAACAUGGUGUCCCUGAAGCCCAUGUAGGAGUUCUCAGUGGUGCAGCUCGGAGACCGGUCGUCAAGAAGAUCCAGGAAUGUCCUUUUGGGGACGAUAUCGAAGUGGAGCAAAACCCCGACUCAAACACUAUCUUCUCAAAUGAGGCUCUUCACCUACACGUUGCCGCUCACAUGAAAGAGAUCGCAUUGCUGGCAUUGCAAAAGUUACCUAACGAUGAGGACGCGGAGGACGUGGCUAGCGAUGCACCAGCGGAAGAACUUGGACCCGCAAGGAGGCGCGAAUCCAUGUACAGUAUACUGGACGAUGAAGAACUAGACUACAAUACGGAAGCUGGUGAUGGCGUUCCGAAUGUCGCGGAAGACGCCAUCAGCCUCUCUGUAAACAAACUCAAUCUUGAGGACAGAGACGCCGCUGGACUCACACUGCUCCAUCGAGCAGUGCAGGACAACAACUUGACCUUGGUCAAGUCGCUUGUGGAGCAAGGCGCAAGUUUACGCAUCAGAGACAAUCACGGAAGAAUCGCAUUGCAUUACGCUUCUCUAAAUCCGGACAAAGGCGUGGACAUGAUGCAACUGCUGUUGAGUUCCGAGCACGCGGAGAUCAUGAGUUUCGUAGAUGACAAUGGCCAGACGCCGUUGCAUUACGCUGCCAAGAAAGACUUCAUCGAUGGGAUACAACUAUUGGUGGAGAGCGGAGCCUUCAUCGACCUUCCUGACCAGCAUGAGUAUUCUCCAUAUCUAUGGGCGGUCAUUUCUGGGCAGUACAAAGCAACUGAAAUGCUACUAUCGCUUGGUGUUGACGUCAAUUCCGCCAGCACGCAUAGAAAGUCAGCAUUGGCUUGGGCGGCGAACAUGGGCCGCUCAGAAAUAGCUGAGUUGCUUGUGACGAGUGGCGCAGACGCCAUGCUUAUGAAUGGGAACACGCAAUCGAUACCAUUGGAAGAGGCAGCAGCUUCUGGCGACUUGACUACGGUACAAUUGCUGCUCCAAUCCAGCGCAGAUCCGAAUUAUCGCGAUCGCGACGGAUGGUCAGCCAUACACUGGGCGGCCGAGGAGGGCUACUACGAAAUCGUGUCUCUACUGUUGAAGCACGGGGCUAGUGUAAAUGGGAUCAGUUCGUAUGGUACUUCACCAUUACAUUGUGCUGCAAAUGGAGGACACAAUGAGAUUGUGAACGAGCUUCUUCACUAUGGAGCCAAUUCCCUCAUGGCAACGGUUCAUGGCUGGACGCCAUUACACCAUGCCGCCUUCAUGGGCCACUCUCAUGUUGUACGGUCCCUCUUGGACAGUGACGAGCGGGUUUCUAGCUCCCUCCAGGACACUCAUGGCUGGACAGCACUCCACCUGGCAGUCCAUAUGAGACAUUUGGCCACUGUCAGAGUUUUACUUGCCAACCCUACCAUCUCACAGUCUCGCCUUCAAAGCGAUGGGAGAGGUCUCACUGCGGAGGAGUGGCUAGAUCUUGGGAUGAACAGCCAAUAUUACAAGAUCAUCAGCAAGCUAUCUUUCGGCAACUCACGUUGUUGCAGGGCGGUCACAAGAUUACGGCAAGCUGCUUGUGAGGGCAACACUAUGAUAAUCGAGCUUCUCUUGGAACAAGGAGAUUCUGUCUACGACACCAAUUCUGGACGAAGGACUGCACUCUACCACGCUGCAAAGAAAGGUCACAAUCAGAUAUUGGAUGUACUUUUGAGGGAUGGUGCGGAUCCCAACUUCCUUCCAUCAGGACUGAAGACUUGGGAGGGAGUCAUCUCUGAUGACGCUACACUUCAACGACUUCGACAAGCUGGAUACACAGCGACAGGUCCCGAUCCAGGAAUAGACGCCCAGAUAAGACGCACCCUCCGAGCGCGAGAUCAAAGCUACACUCAAGCUGAAUCAUCGAUGCAGGACUUGAGGGCAGAUACUCCACCUACAUCUUCCCUGCAUGACUCGCAGGCUGAUACUCUGCGUACAUCAUCGAUGCAGGAUGUAGACGCCCCUACGCUACCUUCAUCGGCGAGCCAGGGCUCUGAUACCAACAACAUGCGCACAGCGUCGACGCAGGAUUUACAAAUGACAGGACUAGAAGGAAUGGAGCCCGUGCGCAAGGUAAAGUCGCCUCGUUCGCCCUUGGCCGGCUUUUGGAAACGGUUCAGAAGAUGA